GGAGGCUAUCAAAGCCCUCGAGGAUUUGAAAGUGCUGAGUAUAACCCAAGGAAGAGAUGGGCGACCGGUGGCUGUGAUGGACGAGAGCUUCUGCGCUUCCUUGAAGGUUGCCCUAACUGGUUCGGGAAUCCCCAAGCCCAUAAGUGACGAGCAAGCCAAUGGUAUUGAUCUCACGAAGAAAGGGAUCACCAUCGAGAAGCUCAACAAAUAUGCAACCGAACGGUGA